UUGCGCAACACUGCCGAGCGAUGCCUGUGAGAGCUUGUGUGUGAAGCGUCCAAGAGUUGAAAGGAUGCAUGGCCGGGCUGAAGAGUGGAAUAUAUCUUUUGCGGGUUGCGGCUUUCGCAGUGUUUACUACAUGGGAGCCAUGACUUGCAUCCUGGAGCGAGCGCCAAACCUGGUGCACGGGGCUUCCAAGAUUUGCGGAGCGUCGUCGGGAUGCCUGGUGGCGGCAGCGUUGACUGUGGGACUCCCCAUCGAACAUUUGUACAUGGACGUGUUAACGGCGGCUAAAGAAGCGAGGAAGCACCGCUUGAGCGUCUUCCACCCGACCUUCAGCCUCCUGCGAACGCUGCGCGACUCCCUGCGGGAGAAACUUCCGGAAGACGCCCACCGGCGUGCCUCGGGGAGGCUCUGCGUGUCCAUCACCAGGAUAAGGGACAGGAGAAACGUCUUGGUGUCCCAUUUUGACAGCAGGGAGGAGCUCAUACAGGUGCUAAUGUGCAGCUGCUUCUUCCCAGUCUACUGUGGCUUGAUUCCACCUUCCUACCGUGGACAACUAUACAUGGAUGGAGCCCUGAGCAAUAACAUGCCGCUGUUGGAGUGUCCAAACACCAUCACAGUGGCUCCAUUCUGCAGCGAGAGUGACAUCAGCCCCAAAGAUGGCGCUUGGACCGCCAUUUCGGUGUACUGCAAUAACCUCAGCAUCCAGGUGACCAUGGAAAACGUGCGGCGCAUCUACACCUCCUUCCUACCUCCGACACCUGAGGAGCUGGCUGAGAUCUUCCACAGUGGCUACACAGAUGCUCUUUGCUUUCUGAGACAAGAAGAUUUGCUGGCUACAUCUUCCCCGGAAGAGCAGGUGGACAUUACAAAGGCAGCUUUGGGGGAUCAACCCUGGUGGCUGGAGCAUAAACAUGCACAUAACCUUCCGCUCAAUAUCAAGAGAGUAUUGUGUGUGGCGUGUAGGGAUGAUCCAAUUGGAAGCCAAAGCUUGUGUCUAGUUGAAGUUUUUUACUACGUGCUGACUCCACUGGUGGUUGCCGUUGAGUUGAUUUGGUUCCUUUUAAAAAGCCUCCUAAGGACUACCAAUAAUCCACAAAGACUAAACAGCAGUUGCCAUGACAACAACUGCAGCAGCGUGUCAUCGAAGAAGAAACGCAGCAGAUUGGACUUUGACUCUAAAAACAAAUUAUCAACAAAUGUGCUUAUUUAAUGUUGCUGUGUAGCUUUUGACAUAUUUAUAUAUCGGUUUUGUGAAUAUUUAACCUUGCACAGGAGGAUUCAGUAACUUAUGAUAAAGAUGGUUUACUUAAUCUUUCUUUCCAAUAAAAACUCCCUCAACAGAACAGGUGAAAAAAACCCAAAAUGCAAUGAU